AGGGAUCGUUCCUGUGCUCAAGCCGGCGAAGGCCCAGGAGCAGCGCAAGCCUGGGCUGUUCGCGCGAAAGUGGACGACGACGUCUGACCAACGCGGCCCGCCCGCGACAAGAUGCGUGCGGUGCCAGGCUUACACUCACUAGGACACAGGCGUCCCUGGAAAUCUUUGGUGGCGACGUCGCGCAGCUGCGACGCUCCUGCAGGCUGGCACUGACCACAGUCGGCCAGCGAUGAUUGUAUUAUUUGCGGCGCUGCUAUUCGCGGCGCCGCCGCCCAUUGGGUUGGCGCCUACGGGUUCCAAGCCUCCCGGAGUGCUGUGGUACGGCUACAGCGUUCGGACUGGUGCUUCCGACAUACGAGUCGAUGACGUGGCCCAGGUGGCGCCUCCAAACAGCAGGACCACGCGCUACACUAGUUCCAUCGCUCACGGUGGCGCCCUCUCCCGGGUCGAGGUCGCACUAGGAACUCCGCACGGUAGCGUUGUCUACUACAACGACAACCCUCCCGCCGAUGUGGCGGCCAGAUUAUUCAGCCCGAACUAUCCGAGUGGUGUGCCGCCGCUGGUGCCGUUUCCACAAGGCUACGUGCAGUCGUUCGGCGCGGACGGGCCGCCGCUGCCGACGCAGCGUUUCAUCGGCCAAGUGGACCACUCUCAGCAGCCUCUUCCAAUCUCUAGUCUAGGACCCAGGAUCGGUGCUCGUGCCCUGCCCCCAGUCCCACUCAUUGCACCGGGUACAGAGGACAGACCGUCGCAUCAACCACCGUUUUCAGCAAUUGUGAGAUCGCGACCCGUGCUCUCACAGCCGGUGGGACCAGUCCUUCAGUCGGGCUCCCCGCUGUAUUCAUCACACCCGAAUCGGCCGCAUGGGACAACAAAGAAGGCUGCCGUCAUUACGUUAGUGGUUACACCUGGCUCUUCGCCUGCACAUGGGCCUCUUGGGACAACUCAGGGAGUCGAAGCAGCUGAAGCGAUCAGCGCACGACCUACACCGCCUCAAGUGCGUGCACCUUUUCCGACUGCUGAGCACGAAAUCCCAAGUUCUGUCUCAGCAGACGAACGUGAGCUAGAAUCCAGUGGCACAUUAUCGCAAAGCGACGUCCAGGAUUCCACAGUAACCUAUGAAGAGGAAGAAAACGUCAAGCAGCUCAGUGGGAGUGACGACCAGUCGUCGUCCACUGCUGCGUCCAUUGGGUUGCAGACAUCGCAGAGUCAAGAUACGUCGUCCGUGGUGAAGAACCAAAUUAAGACCCCCGUCGUUCUGAACAACGGCAGGGGUCAGUAUGAUUUUCGUGGCUACGAACAGUUCGAAGGUCAACCCGGCGCCGAGGAGAUCCCAGAGGCGCCGGAAGAUUCGCGUACGAGUAAAAAACACCGACACAACUUCCGGGUAUCCUAGCGGCGAGUCUGCGGACGAACAAACGCAGCCGCAACGAAGUGGGGCGCGUCGCGUAUCGCGACGUCCGCUGCUUACGAAGAGGAUCACUUUGUCAAGAACGCGCCCGCCUGCUCGAGACGGAGUGCUUACUGACAAGGGCUACGAGAGUGACAGCGACCAAUAUUCUCGAGAAACAGUAACGACGAGCGCGCCAUCUGACGUGCUGCCGCCGGGACAAUCGGUGAAUUCGAAGGCGUACAUUG